UGAGGAGCCUCUACAGCUCCCAGAUCACUGCCUGAAGCUCCUGGACACCUGUUACCAUGUGGUUCCUGAUCCUGUUCCUAGCCCUGUCCCUAGGAGGGAUUGAUGCUGCACCUCCUGUCCACUCUCGAAUUGUUGGAGGAUUUAAAUGUGAGAAGAAUUCCCAACCCUGGCAUGUGGCUGUGUACCGAUACACCCAAUAUUUAUGCGGGGGUGUCCUGUUGGAUGCCAACUGGGUUCUCACGGCUGCCCACUGCUAUGACGACAACUACAAGGUUUGGCUGGGCAAAAACAACCUAUUCAAGGAUGAACCAUCUGCUCAGCACCGAUUUGUCAGCAAAGGCAUCCCUCACCCUGGCUUCAACAUGAGCCUCAUGAGGAACCACAUUCGAUUUCUUGAAUAUGACUACAGCAAUGACCUGAUGCUGCUCCGUCUCAGCGAGCCAGCUGACAUCACAGAUGCUGUGAAGCCCAUCGCCCUGCCCACUGAGGAGCCCAAGCUGGGGAGCACAUGCCUAGCCUCAGGCUGGGGCAGCAUGACACCCACCAAAUUCCAGUUCACCGAUGAUCUCUACUGUGUGAACCUCAAGCUCCUGCCUAAUGAGGACUGUGCCAAAGCCCACAUAGAGAAGGUGACCGACACCAUGCUGUGUGCAGGAGAGAUGGAUGGAGGCAAAGACACUUGCAAGGGUGACUCAGGAGGCCCACUGAUCUGUGAUGGUGUUCUCCAAGGUAUCACAUCAUGGGGCCAUACCCCAUGUGGUGAACCUGAUAUGCCAGGUGUCUACACCAAACUUAAUAAGUUUACCUCCUGGAUAAAAGACACUAUGGCCAAAAACCCCUAAGUAUCACACUGUCUGUUCUUAAUAAAAUCCACCAUGCAACAAAUG